UAAAUUUUUAAAAUCUUUAUAGCGCCAAUUCCUAAGCAACAAAAUCUCCUUCAAUCAAUCAUCUCCCUAAAACACCAACAUGCAAUCCCAAAUUAAUUCUUUCUUCAAGCCGCCGCCGCCGUCUUCUAUGUCAAGUGAGUGCUCGAAUUCACCUCCAGAGUUCUGCGAUGACAAGAACGAUGAAUUAGCUACCUGGGAGCAGACUCGGCACAUCUUUGUCAACACCUACACGAGCAGAGGUUCAAAUUUUGAAGGGAUUGACAAGAAAAAAGAACCAAGCAAUGAGAAACCGGAAAAUCCCAUUUCAGAUAAUAGGUUUUCGAGGGAAGAAUGCGGUUCAAGCGGGAGAAAUCUGAAUAAGAAGAGGAACUAUGCACAGUUCCAUUUGGAGUUAGGUCAAUCUAAUUUUCUUCUCCAUGGUUGUUCAACUUGUGGGCUCAAGUAUUCUCCUGGGGAUGAAGUUGAUGAAAAGAACCAUACCGUCUUUCAUAAGAAUUUCACUCUUGGUAUUCAAUUCAAGGGAUGGAGAAAUGAGAGGGUUGUUCUUAUGCCCAAUGGUGAACGUGGUCGAGUCAUUUUGGUUUUGGAUUAUGAUCCUGUUGCUCAGAGGAAUAAGGUGCUAGAGGUUGUAAAGAUGAUGGAGACUGAACUUGGUGAGGGCUGGAUUUUUCACAAGCAUUGCAAGGUAUACCUAUUCGUUUCCUCCCAACGAAUUGCUGGAUGUCUAGUUGCAGAACCGAUAAAGCAAGCUUUUGAAGUCCUCUCAUGUUUGGUCGGCGAAGGACGCGAUGGUGCAACUGCAAAGAAAGCGAGGUUAAGCUCAGGCGAACUUCAGUUUGGGGAAGUUGUUUUGCCGAGGGAAGUCAUAAAAAGAACACCUUCAGAGGUGUCACAUGAAAGCCGGAGCGGAGCAACUCUGUGUAGAAAGGAAGGGGUACGUGCCGUUUGCGGCAUAAGAGCAAUCUGGGUCACUCCUUCCAACAGAAGAAAAGGCAUUGCCACUCAAUUGUUGGAAGCAGUAAGGAAAAGCUUCUGUAGGGGACGUGCUAUUGAAAAAUCUGAGAUGGCAUUUUCUGAACCAAGUUCAGAUGGACAAGUUUUGGCGUCCAACUAUACAGGAACAACCUCUUUCUUGGUGUAUAAAACUAAUAAUUUUAUUAAAAACGUAAUUUCUUAG